AUGGCGGACGAACCAGAAAGUAAUGRGGAUGAUGCAGAAUAUUCUAUUAAAGAGGGAAAACAUGUUAUUCUCAGGCUCAAUAAGCAUAUAAAGGUCGUCCAAGUACAACGGGAUAGAAAAAUUUUUUUUGAGAAGCUUCGCUUUGUUAUCAAUGAAGCUAUUGGUUGUCCACUUGGCUCUGUAUUUGAGGUGAAAAGAGAUACUUUGAGUAGAGUAAAUCCAGAUGAAGACGUAGACGAGCUGCGAUCGACAGAAAAUGGAGAUAAGGGAACUGUUUACCAUGCAAUAAAAAGUGAAGGAGUGACACAGAAACUGUCGAGAGAAGACGUCGUUUCAUUAAAAGCCCAAGGAGCUACUGGAAAGGAUAUUGUAGAUCAACUAGUUGAAAAUAGUGCAACAUUCAAAGACAGAACAGAAUUUUCAAAAGCAAAGUACAGAAGUAAGAAAACUAAAAAAUACAGUGCAAGGAUAUCUGUUCUCAAGCCAUCAACAUCUCUAUUAUCUGAGAUGUAUUAUAACUCAAAAGUUUCUCAUAAAGUAUGCGAGCUAAGACCAGAUGCACUCUCUCAAAUAUUAACCCUGGCAAAUAUCAGAGCAACAUCKAACAUUAUGGUAAUYGAYCAGUGUCAAGGACUUGUAYCAGGAGCAGUUCUGGAAAGAAUGGGUGGUUAUGGAAAUAUUGUACAAAUCUAUACUGGUGAUUUUCCAUUUAGGCUUGCAAUGGACUAUUUUGAUUUUACACCAGAAGUUCUUGAAACAGUACAUGGCUUUCCUCUAAGUAAAUUGUACAAUAUUGAAGAACCAGAUCCAGAGUCUAAGGAAGAAACUGUAGAAAUAUGCAAAGAUGCAGUCAUGGACAGCCAGGAUACWGAAACAAAACAAGAGGAAACCUGCUCCGAAGAUAAAGAAAAGAAGGAAAGAAGGGAAGGACCUAUGAAAGAAGAGGAAAAAAUAGCAAGAAGAAACAAAAGAAGACAAGAAGAAUUAACGGCAAAAAAUAUGCUUCAAAAUAAACACAUGGAUGGACUUGUUGUUGUGUGCAAGUUCCAUCCUAGUACUGUUGUACCAUUGCUCCUGGAUUAUGUUGCACCUUCAAGACCAUUUGUAGUGUACUCUCAAUACAAGGAGCCACUUGUAGAGUGUUACGGUGAUUUACGAAGUAGAGGUGGUGUUGUCAAUCUACAGUUAACGGAAACUUGGUGGCGACAUUAUCAAGUUCUUCCAGGACGGACACAUCCGUUAGUAACGAUGGAUGGGUCUGGAGGGUAUCUUUUGUCUGGUACAACAGUCGAAAGGCCCGUAAAGAUAACGUCAAUUCCAGAAAAACAUAAAACAAGUGAAGCAACUGAGGAUUCGACACUAGAACCGCCAGCCAAGAAAUUGAAAGACGAUGUAUAAUAAUUGUUAUAUUGAAAUUAAAGACUCGGCUUUUAUAAUGRUUA